AUGUUCAUUGGUGGUCUUAACUGGGAAACUACCGACCAAUCUCUAAGAGACUACUUCUCUCAAUUCGGCGAGGUAGUUGAAUGCACUGUCAUGAGAGACAGCAGCACAGGACGAUCGCGAGGAUUCGGUUUUCUCACAUUCAAAGAUGCCAAGACCGUCAACAUCGUGAUGGUCAAGGAGCAUUUCCUCGAUGGCAAGAUUAUCGAUCCCAAGCGGGCCAUUCCCCGAGAUGAACAAGAAAAGACAAGCAAGAUUUUUGUUGGUGGUGUCAGCCAGGAAACGACCGACCAGGAGUUCAAGGAAUACUUUGCCCAGUUCGGCCGUGUCGUGGACGCGACCCUUAUGAUGGAUAAAGAUACCGGCCGGCCACGAGGGUUCGGCUUUGUCACGUUUGAGAAUGAAGCUGGUGUCGAUGCCUGCAUCAACGUGCCACUGGAGAUCCACGGAAAGCCUAUCGAGGUUAAGAAGGCACAGCCAAGAGGCAACCUCCGAGAAGAAGAGGAGGCCUCGCGACGCGGCAAGUUCAGAAAGGAUGGCGACCAGUCGAACCAAGGCUCUAUGGGCCAACAGAUGGGCAACAACAAUGGCAUGACACCUCAAGUCAUGGCCCAGUACUUCCAACGCAUGCAGCAGUACUUCACCAUGAUGCAGUCCCAGAUGGCCAUGAGCCGAGGAAUGCCCAUGAACCCAGCCGUGUGGCAGAACAUGAUGCAGAUGCAACAAAUGCAGCAACAAAUGAUGGGCGGCCGGGGAGGCGGCGCCAACGGUCAAAACAUGAUGCAGAACAUGAAUCCUCAAAUGGCGCAGCAGAUGCAACAGCAGAUGCAACAGAUGAUGCAGCAACAGGGUCAGCAAGGCGGUCAAGACGCUGGCUCCGGCAGUGCCAGCCCCACUGCAUCAGCCAACGGUGGUGCCGGCCGAGGAUAUGACAACGGCAACUUUAACCAAUACCAACAGCAACAGCCUCAAGGAGGUCGCCGUGGAGGUCGCGGAGGUUACGGCGGCGGCCAUGGAGGACAUGGAGGCUACAACAUGGGAGGCGGCGGCGGAGCUCCAACUUCAUGGGAGGGCAUGUAUGACGAUGUCCCCCAGCCCAACAACCGCGCUGGCAGCGUUGGUGGAAGCUCUGACCCUCAACAUGCACCACCAGCCAAUGCACCCACCGGCCCCAAGAACGCUGGUAAACCAGGCGCCAACUACCGUGGUGGCGGACGAGGUGGAAACCGCGGAUUUCACCCCUACUCGCGAUAG